AAAGUCUCCUCACAAAAAAGAAAACCCUCUGUUGUAUCUCGAGUCACUCGGUUCCUCUUCAUUUCCCAUCUCUCUCUUUAUCUCUCGAACAUUCCGUCUCUGGUUUCAUUCCUUCCUCUCCGAAGCUGCAACCGCAGCUUGUUGCACUAUAUGCUUCCUAGAAAGAGAGCAGGGGAAGGCGAGGCUGUUAACGUUAGCGAUUCCGAUAGUGUCAAGAGGCAGCGCGUGGUUUCUUCUACAGAAAACUCAAGCAAUCAGGCGAAGAACAGCAGCGACGGUGUAGGGAACAGCAACUGCAGCGAACCGACAGUCACCGACAUGGCGUUUGACAAUGGAACCCAACGUGAUAUUGAUGAGGAUCUCCACAGCCGGCAGCUGGCUGUCUACGGGCGAGAGACUAUGCGGAGGCUGUUUGCUUCAAAUGUUCUCGUGUCUGGAAUGCAGGGCCUCGGAGUUGAGAUUGCUAAGAACCUUAUCCUUGCUGGUGUGAAGUCUGUGACGUUGCAUGAUGAAGGAUCAGUGGAAUUAUGGGAUAUGUCUAGUAACUUUGUAUUCACAGAAAAAGAUUUGGGUAAAAACAGGGCACUUGCUUCAGUUCAGAAGCUACAGGAACUAAAUAAUGCUGUGACUGUCCUCACUUUGACUACAAAAUUGACUAAAGAACAACUUUCAGAUUUUCAGGCUGUGGUUUUUACUGACAUCAGUUUAGAUAGUGCAAUUGAGUUCAGUGACUACUGUCAUAAUCAUCAGCCACCUAUUGCUUUUAUAAAGACAGAAGUAAGAGGUCUUUUUGGUAGUGCGUUCUGUGAUUUCGGACCUGCAUUCACUGUAGUCGAUGUCGACGGUGAAGAGCCUCAUACCGGAAUUAUUGCAUCUAUCAGUAACGACAACCCUGCUCUUGUGGCAUGUGUGGAUGAUGAAAGGCUUGAGUUUCAGGAUGGGGAUCUGGUUGUAUUCUCAGAAGUCCGAGGAAUGACUGAACUAAAUGAUGGAAAGCCAAGAAAAGUAAAAAAUGCACGACCUUACUCCUUCAACCUUGAAGAAGAUACAACUAAUUAUGGUGCAUAUGAGAGAGGUGGUAUCGUAACUCAGGUGAAACAGCCCAAGGUGCUGAACUUCAAGCCGCUGAAGGAGGCAUUAAAAGAUACUGGUGAUUUCCUUCUUUCUGAUUUCUCCAAGUUUGACAGACCUCCUCUUCUGCAUUUGGCAUUCCAAGCAUUAGAUAAGUUUGUGUCUGAAAUGGGGCGCUACCCGGUUGCUGGUUGUGAAGAGGAUGCACAGAAGUUGAUAUCUAUAACCAGUAACAUGAACGAAAGCCAAGGUGAUGGAAAAUUGGAUGAUAUUAACCCUAAGCUUCUUAGACACUUUGCUUUUGGUGCUAGAGCUGUCCUGAAUCCUAUGGCUGCCAUGUUUGGUGGCAUUGUCGGGCAGGAGGUUAUGAAGGCAUGCUCUGGGAAGUUUCAUCCUCUUUUUCAGUUCUUUUACUUCGACUCCGUAGAAUCCCUUCCUACCGAGCCAAUUGAUCCCAGCGACUUCCGGCCCUUGAAUAGCCGUUAUGAUGCCCAGAUUUCAGUGUUUGGGUCUAAGCUUCAAAAGAAAUUAGAAGAUGCAAAAACUUUUGUUGUUGGAUCUGGUGCUCUAGGCUGUGAAUUUCUUAAGAAUUUGGCUCUCAUGGGAGUUUCAUGUGGAUCAUCUGGAAAACUGACAAUUACUGAUGACGAUGUGAUAGAGAAGAGUAACCUAAGUAGGCAAUUCCUCUUCCGGGAUUGGAACAUUGGGCAGCCGAAAUCCACUGUUGCUGCUUCUGCUGCUUUGGCAAUUAAUCCCCAGUUUCAUAUAGAAGCUUUACAAAAUCGUGUUGGCUCGGAGACUGAGAAUGUUUUCCAUGAUGCUUUCUGGGAGAAUCUCAGUGUUGUUAUCAAUGCCCUAGACAAUGUAAAUGCCAGACUUUAUGUUGACCAGAGGUGCUUAUAUUUCCAGAAACCACUUCUGGAGUCUGGAACUUUGGGUGCCAAAUGUAAUACUCAAAUGGUCAUUCCCCACCUGACAGAAAACUAUGGUGCUUCCCGUGACCCCCCAGAGAAACAAGCACCAAUGUGCACUGUGCACUCAUUCCCGCAUAACAUUGAUCACUGUCUGACAUGGGCCAGGUCAGAAUUUGAGGGAUUGCUUGAAAAGACACCGGCUGAAGUGAAUGCAUAUCUAUCUAAUCCUGCUGAGUAUGCCUCUGCAAUGAGAAAUGCUGGCGAUGCUCAAGCAAGGGACAACUUGGAACGUGUGAUUGAGUGUCUUGAUAGGGAGCGAUGUGAAUCUUUCCAAGAUUGUAUUUUGUGGGCUCGUCUAAAGUUUGAAGACUAUUUUGCAAAUAGGGUGAAGCAGUUAGCUUUCACCUUCCCUGAGGAUGCUGCAACCAGCACUGGUGCACCUUUCUGGUCAGCCCCAAAGAGGUUUCCUCGUCCCCUGCAGUUUUCUACCUCUGAUCCCAGCCAUCUUCACUUUAUUAUGGCUGGAUCCAUCCUGCGAGCCGAGACAUUCGGCAUCCCUAUACCUGACUGGGUGAAGAACCCAAAGAAACUGUCAGAGGCUGUUGAUCAAGUUAUUGUCCCUGAUUUCCAGCCUAGAAAUGAUGCGAAAAUUGUAACUGAUGAGAAAGCUACUAGUCUUGCUACUGCUUCCGUGGAUGAUGCUGCUGUUAUUAACGAUUUAAUUGUGAAGCUUGAGAAAUGUUGCCAGGCAUUACCACCAAACUUCAGGAUGAAACCGAUCCAAUUUGAGAAGGAUGACGACACCAACUAUCACAUGGACCUGAUCGCAGCACUUGCAAACAUGAGGGCAAGAAAUUAUAGCAUUCCUGAAGUGGACAAGCUGAAAGCCAAAUUCAUUGCUGGGAGGAUCAUUCCAGCCAUUGCAACUUCCACAGCAAUGGCCACCGGCUUGGUGUGCCUCGAGCUAUAUAAAGUAAUCGAUGGGUCCCACAAGGUAGAAGAUUAUCGCAACACAUUUGCCAACCUUGCUCUCCCGCUAUUCUCCAUAGCAGAACCAGUGGCUCCCAAGGUUGUUAAGCAUCAGAACAUGAGCUGGACAGUGUGGGACAGAUGGAUCAUAAAGAACAAUCCAACUUUGAGGGAACUGCUCAAAUGGCUUUCCGACAAAGGACUGAACGCCUACAGCAUUUCUUUUGGAAGUUGCCUGCUCUACAACAGCAUGUUCCCUCGACACAAGGACCGGAUGGACAAGAAGAUCUCGGACCUUGUACGGGAUGUAGCCAAGGUAGAGCUGCCACCAUAUCGCAACCACGUGGAUGUCGUUGUGGCAUGCGAGGAUGAAGAUGACAAUGAUGUUGAUAUUCCCCAAAUAUCCAUCUACUUCCGCUGAUCGCUCACAAAACUAGGACCUUCAUCCUUUGAACUCCCUUCCCUUCUGAUAUUAAGUUAUGUGAAAGACAGCAUAUCAAGACCAUUUAGAGUGUCUAUCAUAAAGUGGAGUGAAUUUGAGCACUUGACUUGUUCUUUGUCACGGUUCUUUUUGGGUGCUAAAUUUGAUUUUCUGCAUUUGCUUUGUA